AUGGAGCGAAUGGCUGAGUUCAUGAUGGCUCAGCAAGUUCAGAACCAGACUCAGGGACAGCCACGAGUCGAUAUCGCUAAGUCUAUAGCAAACCGGCAACCGCCAUACUACGCCGGGGAAAAAGACCCGGUGAUCUUAGAAGAGUGGAUUCGGACGUUUGACAAGUUACUUAACGCAGUGAAUUGUCCUGCGAAUCAGCGAGUGCCUUCUGCAGUGUACUACUUGACGAAAGCUGCUGACAACUGGUGGUCAACAGUUGGACCUGAUCUACUACAAGACCCAGAGUUUGGCUGGGAAGAGUUCAAAGUGGAAUUGAGGGGGCAAUUUUAUACCGAGCGCAUAAAAGGGAUUAAAUGCGAUGAGUUUCUUCGACUGAAACAGAAGGGAACAACAAUUCAAGAAUACCAUGAUCAAUAUGUGGAACUAAUGCGUUUUGCUCAGGAAAUUGUACCUGACGAGGCAAGCAAGGCAAGAAGGUUUGUUCGGGGAUUGGACUGGAGCAUAAGAGGAAUGAUCGCGCCGUUUAUGUGCUCUACUUUGAAAGAAGCAUAUGAUAGAGCCUCGGAUCAUUAUCAGGUGUAUCUGGAUCAGCAGGAGGUUUACGGCCGAAGCAAAAGAAAGGCUGAUAAUAAACCACAGAGGUUCUCGGCAGUAAACAAGAAGGUGAAUCUAGGAAGGAUUGGGGUGAUCACCAAUAGGGUAAAACUAGAGAUGAUCCAAAAAGUAGCAAGGAGUGAUCACCAUAGACCACUCAUCCCAAUACUCCGAAGGAUUGGGGUCCCACGGAUAGGGAUAGAAGACAACGAACUCUAG